AUGUUUUCAGAAAAUCUUCCUUAUUCUUCUGAUUUGAAAGGAGAAUCUGAAAAUCAAUUGAACGAAAUUAUAGAAGCUUUAUGCUCAGCAGCCAAGGCAAAAGAUUGGGGUCCUGGCUGUAGUCAUUGGGUGAAACAACUUAAUAGUUAUCUUGAUCUCCAGUAUCAUUUAUCACGUCAGAUCCGCGCUCAACUAUCUAAAAUUCUUUUCGAACUUGUUAUCACUCCCGGAAUCGAUGCUUCUCACGCGGAAGUGUUUGCCAAUGCCUGUGUGCGUUUACUCAAAAAAAAGACUAAAAUUGGACCUGAAGAUUUAACUUUACCUUGGGAACCAUUGUUUGAUAUUAUUCAUCGAACCUUUUUUCCUAAAAGUCGUCAAAAAACUUUAGUCAGUGAAUCCAAGCAAAUAGGGUCCGUUGUUCGAUUAGUUGAACAUGCUCAAAGAUUUUUUUCACCUGAAGCAACAAAAGAUAUUCUUGCACGAGUUCUUCCUCUCUUCAAUGCUAAUUCCAUUGGUGAUGCAUUUACCGUACAAGCCUAUCUUGUUCGAUUCCUUCCUACCGCUCCAUCCGCAUCUCCUGAAUGUUCUCCCUCAGCUUGGUUACCUACAAUAUUUUCAUUCUGGUAUAUUAUACCAGGAUCCAUGAUUUAUCAAACAGAAUUUAUGGAUCUUGUAGCACGUGUCGCUGAGGAUAAUGUUGGGGUAGAAAGUAAUAUUUCUGAUCUUAUAGGAAUUUUUACUAUCGCUCAAGUCAAAACGGUGUUUGCAACUGGAGCAAAAAUGAUGGAUCUGCCUGUAGGUAGUUCUACUAAUGGUGGUAGUAAUUCUGGAAGAGGCGGUUCCGCGUCGAGUUGGGCUUCAAGAAUUGAUCAGAGGGCUGGUAGCGCUAUGUUAUUAAGGAAGAAGGUUUAUUCAACUUUUCCUCCUUCUGGUAAUCAAAAAGAGGAAUCAGUUCUCACAUAUUUGGGGGAUAUGAUUCAAGCUACAGAAUCUUUCUAUCAUCCAAGUAAUUUUGGAAGAUGGACAUUUUCCAUUGUAAGAUUUUUACAGUUUCUUGGUUGGGAAUUUUUAAAGCGUUGGACAGACGAACAUAAACCUGAAUGUAAAACUCCCAUGUCACGAAGAUUAACGCCAGAACUUAGGCGUCAAUUUGUCCUUAUCUUGAGAGGGGUUACAUUCUUGUCUAUGUUUGGCAAAGAUCCAUUAUCAGUUGGAUCAAGUCAAGCUGCUUUAAAAUAUUUGUCUUGGUUAGAACCUUCUUUAAUAUUUCCUGGAUUAUUAGAACGUGUUUAUCCCUCAUUGGUUACUUUGACUGAGACCCAUAGGACAACUUCCUCGAUUUCAGCACUUUCAUUGCUGGCUAUUCCGCUCUUUUCUCGUUCCCAUUACCCAUCUGGUGGCAAACAUCUUGCUCCUCUACUUCACUUAACAAUCCCUGGUAUUGAUAUGAAUGACCCAAUUAAAACGAUUUCGUCAUUAAUCUUCUUGACCCAUUCCAUUAUGGGCGUUCCUUUGAUCGAUUUAACAGAAGGUAAUGCAAAUUUGUCCGAAUUUCAAUGGUCUGGUAUGGAUAUUGAUGAAAGGGAAGAAGAUAAUAUGGAAAUAGACGAAGAAGAAGAAUCAGCUAGGUGUAAAGCAAGUACAGCUGAAUUUGAAGAAUGGCUUGCAAAAUUUUUAAGAAGAGUUUUCACUAUUUUUGAAUACCUUCCUUCAAAUGAUCGUGGAAAAAUGAAUCUAUAUAAUAUGGAAACUGGUUUAGUAACUGUGUUGUUGCACGCCUGUGAAAUUGUGGGUUACCAAAUGUCCGAACAUCUUCAAGAUAUGACACUGAAAAUGGUUAUCACUUUUGCUUCUACAACUAUACUUCAAAAUGCUACAAAACCUAUGGGGUACUUAUGUUCUACCCUUACAAGUCCAAAUAGACAAAAAGCUCUUGCUCAAUUUAUUCCACUUUGCCGUUCAAAUAUUAUAACUGAAUUACAACAUGGGGCUUCAUCUACACCAACAACUUCAUCCACACACCAUAUACAAUCUGAUACCACCCUUCAUUGGUAUCAAUGUAUCUUAUAUCAUGUUUCCAUGUCAAGUGGUGUUGCUUUACUUAAUCAUAAAAAUGAUCUUUUGGAUCUUGCUAAAAUGAUGGUACAGAAAUGUCGUUCGAGAAAAGGAUACAUGUGGACUGGAAAAUUUUUGAGAAUGAUGUUGGUUUCAUUAACUCAAAUAUAUCCUUUGGAAUGUCGCAGUGUUAACCCACAACGUUGGAAUUCUGAAGAUUAUCAAAAAAAUCAUCACAAAUAUUGGGCUGAACCCGGUGAUCCGGAAAAUAUCAACGUUGAUUGGCACAUUCCGUCCGGAUCAGAAUUGGACUUUGCAAUGGAAUUAUUGGAUAAUUUCUUACGCCCAACUAUUGAAAGGAUUCAAAAUUUAAUGGAUAAUGGAACAGAUGAAGAUGGGAAAGUGUUGAGUAAUCGGGAAAUGACUCAUGAAUUUUGUCGUCGUUUAAGUAUUAUUCGGAAUUGUCUAAGUGGAAUGACCACAUUGGUCGAAGAUGAUGGUGACGUUGAAAUCUCGGAUUACAAAGAUGAUGAGACUGAAGCCGUUCAUCCAACAAAAAGUAUACCCUCGGGUUAUUGCUUUACCGAUCCGAAUGAUCCACGCAGGAAGAUUGUUAGACAAAUGAGAAAAGAUUUGGGAGAAUUUUUGCAUAAAUUGGUUUUAUAUUUCCGAAACUCACGGGAGGAUGAUGUGGAUAGUUUAAAAAUUCUUCUCAAAAUGAUAAAGAUUUAUCUUACAGAUCGAGGUGUUGAAAAAUCCAAAUAUGACGCGAGCAAACGAGGUUAUCAAUAUGCUAAAGGGAUGCUCAAGACAGCUCAUCACGAUAAAAAGUAUCCUCGCUAUUUGUUAGUCAAACGAGCUUAUCAACAUCAUUUAUGUCGUCUAAAACAAAAUGCUUUCGGUAGACGAAGAACAAAAUUGCACGAUAAUUUGCUUUUAGAUUUGGUUGAAUUAUCAUUAAGUUCUUACUCGGAAAUUAGAAAAAUAGCACAAUCUUAUCUCACUAAUGCAUCACGUUGCUUCCUUGGUGCAAAGCCUCUCAUUAUCCCUAUCUUAUUGAAGGCUUUAAAACCUAGUGGAACUCCAAAUUCAGAAAGAAUGAAAGGUGCCCUCUAUUUAUUAGGAUCACGUACUUAUAUGUAUACAUGUUUAAGAGAUUGGCGAUUUGUGCCUUCUUUUAUUACUAGCAUAUGCCAAGCUCAACAUGAUGAUAAGAUUUCUGUACAAGAAAUGAUUCGUAAAGUUUUUUAUGACUAUCUCAUGAAUUAUAAUAAUACGGCAUUUAAAACAAUACUUACUGAUGGGUUGGAUAAUGCAAUAUGUCAAAUAUUGGAAGCACACUCUUUGUCUUUAAAUGAAGAAAAGUUUGAAAACAUUAGACUUAAAACUGAAGAAAGAAUGCGAUUACAGAAAAUUAAAUAUUUUGAAUUGGCUGAACCAACAUCGGAUUUAGCUGAAUUUGCUGUUAAUGGGUUAAUUUCUGAACUUCCGGGUUUGAGACGUAUUGCAGUAUCAACAACUACAAGAAUUUUGUUCCAUAUGAAACAAAGAACAUUCAGCUCAGGAGGAGAUGUUGAUUUAAUAACAAUGAGUAAAAUGGUUAAUCCUUUGAAAAAAACAAUUGAUGUCCCAAAGCCCUUGCCUGAGGAUUAUACAGAUAAAUAUUUAGUUUCAAGUCUAACUCCACUUAAUGAGAGUAAUGCAGAAAACACAUUUCUUCAGGACAAGACCAAUAUGGGUUGGUAUGUCUGGUCUGAUACAAUAACUGUAUACUCUCCGCGUACUUCGACAAGUUUAAUGCCCAAUAUUGAUCCUUCAUGUCAAAACGCUUUCAACAAAUUUCUUGAAAGUUUUAAUUCAUCAGCGUUUUGGUCUGCCUUAUUAUCUUAUUUAUCACAAGAAUCUUCGCGUGAUAGGGACGAUAAUUUCUCUAUGAUUAAUGCACACCUUUUUAAAAGUAUUUUUCAAACUUAUGAAGAUGUAUUUUUAGAGAUUGUAAAACCAGAAAUAGUGAAGUUAUGUGAAUCAGCUGAAAAGAAUCAACAACGUGCUGCAUCCGAAAUUUUGGCUGGUCUUAUAAGAGGAAGCAAGCAUUGGAGUUUAAAAAGAUUACAAUCCUUGUGGGAUUGGUUAAUAUCCGUAAUAAGGCCUACUUUCAAUUCUAUCACACCAGAUUCUCUCGUUUAUUGGGAAAGAUUCUUGGGAUAUUGUUUCCGGAAUCGUGACCCUCGGCGUGUUCUUCCUCUUAUUGAUCUUAUUUAUAAUACACCUCUAGACCCUGCUUCUCAUGCUUCGUUUGCAGAAGCCAAGAAACUAUUUUUUAUUAAUACAUUCAUUAGUUCUUUCUCAUGGCGAAUCAUACCAAAAUCUCAAUCAUUGAUUGAUCUUUAUUUUAGAAAUAUUCGUCACCCUUAUAAGCAAGAAAUAAUAAUACGAGGAUUAGUAAAAUCAUUAGAAGAAUGGAGAGCAGAGAAAAAGCCAACUUCGGCUGGAUCCUCUGAAUAUGUGAACGCUAGUAAAACAGUGCUUGCAUGGCUUUAUGAUGCUCUUACUGUAUGGCAAGCAUCUGGCACCUAUCCUUUAAUUAUUCCCAUAUUACCUUCGGUAUUUUCGAUGCAAGAUGUCAAUGAUGAUCAAGACUUGCAAGCAGCUGCAACGCACAUAUUAAAUAUAAUCGCAUCCUUUCCCUACCCUCCGGAUAUGGUGGAUUCAAUGAUUGAAAAAUUUAUUGAAAUUUUAACUGAGACCCCAAGUUGGCAUGUAAGGGUAAAAGCUCUUCCAGUAUUACAAGUUUUCUUCUUUAAACAUUUGUUUAUGCUAAGCGAAGAAAAGAUGAUCAAAGUAAUGGAUGUAGUUUCCGGGAAAUUAAAAGAUAGUCAAAUCGAGGUUCGUCAAUUAGCGGCAGUGACAUUAUCUGGUUUAAUACGAUGUUCACAAAGAGAUGCAAUAGCUUCUUUAAAGAAUCAAUUUACUCGAUUACUGGAUACUAAGAUUCCACCAAGAAAGCGUACGGGUCAGGCUCCUCGUGCAACACUACCUCCAGGAUUUCAGGAGGCAGUACUUGCUCGUCAUGCGGGAGUUUUGGGUUUAUCGUGCUUGAUUGAUGCUUUCCCGUAUGAAGUUCCUAAAUGGAUGCCUGAAGUUUUGGUGAAAUUGGCAAAUUAUAUCUCAGAUCCGGUUCCAAUACAGACUACUGUGAAAAAAACAUUUGCAGACUUUAGGAGAACACAUCAGGAUUCAUGGCACGAAGAUAUGAAACAAUUUACGGAAGAUCAAUUAUUAAUGCUUUCUGAUAUGUUGAUUUCUCCAUCAUAUUAUGUUUAG